AUGGUCCUUCUGCCUCGACGGUGGUCAACGAUGCACCCUGGCUUCUCACUGUCGGAGCAAGCACAAUUGACCGAAGGAUUCGGGCCACGGCAAAGCUGGGAAAUUUUUGAUGGGGAGUCUGUGUUCCAGCCCAGAAACUUUUCUUCUCAAAAGAUCUGGCCACUCGUCUACUGCAAAGAGUGCUCCAGUGAGUCGCUGGCAAGGUUCAAUGUCAGAAACAAGAUUGUGCUGUGCGAUGGAGAUUUUAUAACUUGGUCAUCCCCGAGUGUUAAGAAUGCCGGUGGUGCCGCUAUGAUAAUGGCCCACAGCGAAGAUGCCGGGUUUAGCCACGAGUCUUAUCUCGUCGACUUACCAUCCACGGCGGUGUCCUUUUGGGCGGGCCAGGAUAUUAAGACCUACAUAAAUUCUACAUCCUCCCCAAGGGCAACAAUCUUGUUCGAGGGGACACAGCUUGGUGACCCAUUUUCUCCCACCGUCACCUAUUACUCGUCCAGGGGGCCCAGUACUAAAGUUCCGGGGGUUCUGAAACCGGACAUCAUUGGGCCGGGCAAAAACAUUCUGGCCGGGUGGUCUCCCCUGGACCCGCGUCAUUUGGGGACCACAUUUCAGAUCGUUUCGGGCACAUCUAUGUCAUGUCCUCACCUCAGUGGGGUUGCAGCCCUGCUCAAGAGCGCCCACCCCGACUGGUCAGUGGCGGCCCUAAAAUCGGCUAUCAUGACCACUGCGGAUCUCAUCAAUGCCCACGGCGUACCGAUUCUCGACGAGAAAUUUAAUCCAGCCAAUAUAUACACUGCUGGUGCCGGCCACGUCAACCUGAACAGGGCGCUGGAUCCUGGUCUUGUCUACGACAUUGCAAUGGAUGAGUACAUCCCGUUUUUGUGCGGCUUGGGAUACACGGAGGACCAGGUCAAGAUGAUCACGCAGGAGCCAGCCGAUUGCUCGUCCAGAAUCCCUCAGGGCCAGCUCAACUACCCUACGUUGUCGGCUUUUCUCGGCUCGUCCCAGACUUUCUCUCGGACCGUCACCAACAUGGGCGAGCCCGUCUCAUGUUACUCCGUGAGAAUAGUCGAGCCCCUGGGAGUGAAUGUUGUCGUGAGACCAUCGAGGAUGUGUUUCACGAGGUUGAAGCAGAAAGCGACGUACUACGUGACGUUUCGCCGUAGCAAGAAGAUGACCUAUUGGGGGAACAAUAUGAGAUCAACCCGACGUUAUUCUCUCUCAGUUUUUAUCAUCGAUACUAUAGUACGCUCCCACGCGCCGAACCCAAAGACCAUCAUAACGACAUCGUUGGGGGCACCCGAGCAGCCCUCAGCACUUCUCCACGAAGCCCCGCUCCAUCAUCACGACAUCGUUGGGGGCACCCGAGCAGCCCUCAGCACUUCCCCACGAAGCCCCGCUCGCUGCCGCCGCGCCGACCAGCCCCAAAAGAAUUCCAACCGCGUUUUCAAUCGACAACAUCAAUUUCAACAAGCCCAACCGCAUUUUUCAACUUAUUUAAAAAAAUAUUUUGAUAACACGUAUUUAACAGGUAGAUUAGCAGUUCCGUUUACUUAA